GUGGAAUCUGCAGCACGGAAUCCGGAGCGUGGUGCAGCGGCCGCUUGGAAGAUCUUGCCGCGGUGCCUGGCGGGCUUGAACCCGCCGCUGCGAAUACAAACGGUCCGCGCGAGAAGCGCGCCGGGGCGCGGGGAGUGGCGGUGAAGGCCGGUUCCGGUGACUGUCUCCGGUUACUUAUGGUUAUUUAUGCUUCCUUCCCCUCCUCCGUGCUUGGCUCUGCCGGAGCCCUUGUGAGGCCGCAUCUUUCUUCUGAGGCUGUUGGUGAACCCGAGGGAGCUGGCCCGCUGUGCCCUAGUUUGUUCAGAGAUCUCUUUUCUCUACUGCGCUUACCGAGACCUCGGGUGCAGGCAGAUUAUCAGGUGAAAAGUUGUACUAUUGCAAGAGUUGGAGCUGAAUCUAAUGUUAAAUAAUGGCAACAGGUGACUUAAAAAGAAGCUUACGGAAACUAGAACAAGUGCUUCGAUUACUAAAUUAUCCUAGAGAGGUGGAUUAUGUUGGUUUGAUAAAGGGAGACACAGCAGCAACUUUGCCCAUCAUCAGCUAUUCUCUUACCUCGUACUCACCCUUUGUAACAGAACAUCUCAUGGAAUGCAAUGUAGAGCUCCUAGCAAAGAAUGACCUGCGCUUUACAGAUACUGUCUAUAAGCUUCUUCGUGAUCAGUUUGAUUAUAAACCAAUAUUGACCAAAGCACAAUUUAUGCAGCAUGGCUUUGCAGAAUGGAAAAUUCAGAUUAUUUGUGAUAUUUUGAAUUGUGUGAUGAAAAAGCACAAGGAAUUGACUGGUGUUAAUAAGACUCCUUCACAACCAAGAAAGAAAAUCAUUUCUGCUCACUCAGAACCUUCAUCAAGCAAUGAGAAAACACCUGCAGAACCUGUUGGCUUUGAUGUCACUGGUAGAUUUAUGACUUCAGGAAAGAAGAAAGCCGUGGUGAUUCGUCACCUGUAUAAUGAAAAUGAUGUUAACAUUCCUGAAAAUACAGAAAGUUCAGUAACAGAUGAUAAUGAAGUAUGUGAUGUGUCAGAUUCAAAGGCUUCUGAAAUAAAGGUUACUGCUGUGCAGGUCCUUGAAACCCAGACUGAGCAGGAAGACAUAAAAAGUAACCCAGAGCUCACUGCACUACAAACAAUGCUUGCUGAAUGUCAAGAAAAACUUAAUAAGUUGACUUGGAUAGAGAAAAGGCUCGACUCUUUGGAAGAAACAAUGAAAGGGAAGGUUAUAGUAGAUGAAAAGACCUGGACUAAUCUUCUAAGUCGGAUCACUCUUCUUGAAACAGAAAUGCUUUUGUCUAAAAAGAAUGAAUAUGUAGAAUUUAAUGCAAUGAGUGAUGACUAUACAUCCAAAAAUGACAUAAAUCUCGUGACUCCUGAUGGAACAAUCAAAAUGGAGAGGCCAGCAAGUAUUCCUCUGUCCUCUGGUUAUAAUACAGAAUCAACAGAUUCAACUCCCAGAGCCUCAACUAUUAAUUACUGUGGUUUGAAAGACAUGUCAGAGGAAACAACAAUCCAGAAAAUGGAAAGGAUGAAAAAAAUGUUUGAAGAAACUGCAGAGUUAUUAAAAUGCCCAAGUCACUAAAUGUAGAAUUUUCUACAUGAACUUCUGUAGGACUUUGGCUACUGGACAUGUUUUGUAUUUUAAGGACUUUCCAUAUAAUUUUAAUAUACUGUAAUAUUUUUAUUAAGAAUUUGCAUUCCGUUUGGUAUAUGAGUUUUUCCAUUGAUAAUUGAAUAAAUGCUAGAAUGUUUUUCAGCUAUUCUUAUAUGAUUACUCUCUCACUUUUCUUAGGAAAAACUUAUUUCCUAGUACAUUGCUUUUACAGAGUGAAGUCAUUACAGCAAGCACUGCAUUUUUGUGUUGACAUUUGUUGGCAGUGUGCUAAGUAAUAUGUUUUUUAAAGUACAGGCUUGAGGCCCAUGGUUUACAUCCUGUGGGAAGCAUUCCAGCUAGGACUUGCAUAUUGUACCCAAGAGGCUCUCAUACAUACCAUCUUGCCAUCUGUGCUGAUGGAUAAGUUGUAAUGAAAAGUCAGAAGUGCUCAUUGACAAUUAAAUAAAAAACACAGCUAUUUCAUGUUCAGUCAAAAGGUAGUAAUAUUAAGAAUGAGAAAGUAAGGAUGUAAUUCUCCUUUUGUUGUGAAACAGGUCUACAGGUUCACUGUGAGAAAUGUAUGGAGUAUUUUACUGCUCUAUUCUGUAUCACAUUUUAAGAGCAGCAGCACAGACUGGUCAGCCAUUGUUCAGAGAUACAUAGUGAGGUUUUCCUUUCUGUUUUAAUGACAAGAAAUUGUAAAAAUUUUUGGAGAGAAAAAGCCUUAGAUGAAGCUAAAUAGACAAAAUCUUUUUUUUUUUUUUUUUUUU